GCCAAUUCUAUGUUUCAUAAGAUUUUAUGAUUUGGAGAUAAAUAUGUAAGGUACAUGUGUAUUUCCAUGUCUGCCGUCCAGGUAAUGCUAGUCGAAUGUUACCUGUAAUCAUCAUUGGACUGUCAACCAACAUGCUUAGAACUUCAGAACAAGCGCAAAUAUUUACUUGUAUUUUUACUUUUAAAAGUUAACUUUUCACUUAGUUUAUUAGCCAAUUCUUUAGAUUAGGUUAGCAAUAAGAUGGAUAAUUCCAGUUGCUCUGCUUCAUACAAACUCGUAGAGAAUAACGAGUUAGGUCGUCAUUGGGUCGCAGAUCGAGACAUUCCGGCAGGAGUCGUAAUAUUCAGAGAGAAGGCACUAAUCCAAGGACCACUCUUAAGGGAGGAAGACUACAAGAAUUCAAUCAUCAUUUGUUUCGGAUGCAAUAGAAAAUUGAACAAAAAAAUUACCAAGAGGUGUUCAAAAUGCUGGUAUCCCGUUUGUGGCGUAGAAUGUGAAAAGCUUGAAUGUCACGCGGAAUACGAAUGUCCCAUAUUUUCGAAAAAGUCACCCUGGCUAUCGAUCGACCUUUGCGUUGCAGAAUACGAGUCGAUCUGCAUACUGAGGGGAUUCCUGUACAAUUCUAAACAGCCCUCCAGACAGAAACGGUGCAAUGAAUUAAUGAUCCUACAAAGCGAGCAAACCUUGCCAAUUUCCACUGUCGACCUCUCAUUUGGCCAAUAUCGUUGCAAUCUGGGCAGAAAACAAUUUGGACUCAUGGAUAAAAUUGGCUCCAGUUCGGAAUGGAUGAAAAUAUUUAAGAUAAUUAAAUUGAAUGCUUUCUCAACUUACGGUGAACAUACUGACUAUUCGUCCCAGUAUAUUUUCUUUAAGGGGAGUUUCUUUGCACAUUCGUGCCUCGCAAAUUGCGAAUAUUCAAUUUCACCAGAAACCAGCGAGUUUCAGAUAUUUACGAGUGUCCAUAUAACCAAAGGGACGCCUUUAACGGUUAAUUACAUUAGCGGACAGAAACGAUUUGGGUUUAUGGCAACGAUGGAGAGAAAUCAGUUGAUAAGGGCCAGAGGUUUCAUCUGCAGUUGUGCAAGAUGUCAAGAUCCGGAGGAAUGUGGGAGUAAUUUUUCAACGUUAAGGUGCACAAAUUGCAAGGAGGCGACUCUCGUUCCUGUAAAAGAGGAGGAACAACUCGUUUGGAAGUGUAGAAAUGAUGGCUGUAGCGUUUUCAUGGAUUGGUUCGACGUGGAUAAGAUGAUGAUAAAUGUGGAAGAAAUGUGCCAUUUGAAAGAAACCACAAAAGAAAAGAUGGAAUGUAUAGAACAAGCCUCAAAAACUUUGAUGCAUCGUAAUUUUAGUACGAUUGUGACAUUGAAGUUUCAACUUUGGGAAGAAUUGAGGGACAAAGAACCCUGGCAAAUUUGUGGGCAAGAUUGGAACUAUUAUGUGAGACUAACGGAAGAAUUAAUGGACGCGUAUGACUAUAUUUGCCCAGGGUUGUCGGAAAUGAGAGUUAAUCUUCUGAAAGUUUAUUGUGAAUCGGUGUUGGAACGAGAAUUGGAGGACAUGCUGGAUGACACAGUAUUUUGUACGCUGGAAAAUCGAACGGUCAUUAUUAACUUAAUGGAUAAGCUGGACAAGUACUGGACAGAGAUUUUGCAAUAUCAAUCACUUUCCAUUGAUCUACCCGUUCACCUAAAGCAGAAUUGUGUGGAUACGAUUUCGAACAAAAUCAGUCAUAUUGCAGGAUACAGAAUCGCUAUCGAAUCCGUAGAGUAGGCCUCACAAACUCAUACAUAAAUACAUAUAUACAAUAUAUGCAAAGAAGUAGCAUUUUUUCAACGGUACAUUUCUCUGGUCUUGAAUUUACUUUUGCCUUAAAGACAUCAUUAUUGUCUUGAUUGUUUUAAUUAAUAACUUGGAAAUUAAAUCGAUAUCAAGUGCAGGUUUGGUAACAGCGUUGGAACGUACAAUUAAUAUGCGUUUUUCUUACAUGCUUUAGGGUAUAUGUAUGUAUUUAUGCCCAAUGCACAAGUUCAUAAGUAAUAAUUAAAUAAUAAUAAUCGUUUUCAAUCCUCAAAUUAACCAAUU